AUGGCAUUGGAAGACAAUGGUUCUGAUGACUACACACAGGACGGGACUGUGGAUCUCAAAGGGAACCCUGUCCGCAGAUCCAAACGAGGUGGAUGGACUGCUUGUUCUUUUGUUGUUGUAUAUGAGGUUUUUGAACGGAUGGCUUUCCAUGGCAUAUCAUCAAAUUUGGUGCUUUAUCUCACCAAGAAGCUCCACCAGGGCACAGUCACGUCAGCCAAUAAUGUCACCAACUGGGUUGGGACUGUUUGGAUGACUCCAAUCUUGGGUGCAUACGUAGCAGACGCCCAUUUAGGACGGUAUUGGACCUUUGUCAUCGCCUCCGCAAUCUAUUUUGUGGGAAUGUCAGUUCUAACACUAUCAGUUUCAAUCCCUGGACUAAAGCCCCCUCACUGUGUGGAUCCAAAUGUAGAGAAUUGCAAGAAGGCAUCCACAAUACAAUUAGCUGUGUUUUAUGGUGCCCUCUACACACUGGCUGUGGGUACGGGCGGGACGAAGCCAAACAUCUCGACCAUCGGAGCCGACCAAUUCGACGAUUUCGAACUGAAGGAGAAAGUUCACAAGUUCUCCUUCUUCAACUGGUGGGUGUUCAGCAUCUUCUUUGGGACACUCUUUGCCAACACAAUUCUUGUCUACAUACAAGACAAUGUGGGCUGGACCCUGGGUUACGGGCUUCCCACUGUGGGCCUUGCAAUAUCAAUACUGAUCUUCUUGGCGGGCACGCCAUUUUAUCGACACAAGGUGCCCACUGGGAGUCCCUUCACAAGGAUGGCUAGGGUUCUAGUGGCUGCCGUAAGGAAGUGGAGGCUACCCCUUCCUGCUGACCCUAAAGAACUCUAUGAGCUUGAUUUUGAAGAAUACACCAAGAAGGGAAAGUUUAGGAUUGACUCCACACCCACCUUAAGGUUAGUAUUGAGCUCUUUAAUUUUUCUUGUCAUUUUGGUUUAA